UACUCGUUCGCCGUUUACUUAGUUUACUUGGAAUACCUGAGACCUGAGUGUUUUUAUUUUUAUUCUAAUAAUUUCGAUUAAUUUUUCUAACCAAGAAACGAGAGAAAACCUCUAAUUCCGCUCGAUAAUGGAUAGCAUCGAAGAGUGGUCGGAUUUCUUUGCACAAGUUGGAUUCAAAGAAGCAACUGCCUACACGUUUGCUGAAAAGUUUACCAACGCAAAUAUUCGUAAGGAAGAUCUCGAAACCAUUAGUGAGAAGGAUUUAAAAGAACUCGGAAUUCUAAAAUUUGGCGACAGAAAAUUGAUUACAUUUCAUAUUCAAAGGGAGACAAAUAAAAUGCCAGCAGCGGUGGAAGUUGUAAACUCUAACGAAGUCCCUGGAGAUGCUUUCGAAACCAGUAAAUUUGCCCAAAGAGAAAAUAAGAGUGCAGGUUCUGCAAAUUCACCGGUUAAGAAAAAAACCAAGGUUGAAGAGUUCUUGGAGCUGGUAUCAAGGAAGCCAAUCUCGGUAGCUGCAGUCAAAGCUGGUUCAAUUAUUCAGGAAUUGGAAUGCUCCCUGAGAGCCGAGAAGAAAUAUAGAUUUAUUUUGUGGAUCCGCUGGCGCAUUGAGGUUUUAGAGAAGCUUAUAGGAGUACCCGAUAGCGACCCAAUAUCGGGCAAACCUAUUACAAGUCGUUAUGAAAAAUGGAUUGCUUUCUUCAGUAAAAAAACCGACCGGUACGUCAUCGAAAUGGAGGAUAAAAUUAAAGAUCACGGAUCCACUAUUGACCUUUUUUGCAAGGCAGUCCGCGUGCUCUAUGGCGAUUUUGUAGAUCCAGCCGCUUACUAUAUAAGGAGGCCCGAUGAAAUCACUGGAGGUGAUAUUGACAACGUGCUAGAGUUGAUAGGCGUAGCAGGGAAUUUGUCGGUAAAGGCCGCAAUUGAAGUUUUAAUUGAACCAAUAAGGGGAUAAUAUGUCGAAAGAUCUAUUUUCCAAAGUAUUAUCAUUUUUCGAGCAUUUAUUGUACACUUAAUUUAUUGUUUAGCCUACGCGAUAAAAAUAUUUGGGCAUUUCUUAAUUCCUUUUUUUUGUUUGUUUUUGAGUCCCGUAACUGAAUCGAAUGAUUUUUGGACUCGUGUGAUAUUUUAAUCCGUUUUUUUUUUAAAUUUCUGUGGGCUAAGUAUACUUAAAGACUGUACUUCUAUUUUUAAAAUUUUUAUUCAAUUCAAAAUAAUACAUGUUUACAAUGUG